CAGUAAAACCCUGCACACCGCGCUCGGUGCGGCCAGACCGUGCGCAGCGACCUCCCUACAGGUGGUCGCGCCGGUCCCCACCAAGAUGUUAACCAAAGUUCUCCUGAUCCUCCUGGGCAUGUCCAUAGUCCUCCCGUCUAGGAGUGAAGAACCUCAUGUUGAAUCAGAAAAUGGACCCUCUGCCCCUGAUGAUGUCUACGGGCACCAGCCCCAGGCUCCUGAAAACAAACUCCUUUCUGAAGAAACAGUGCCCACCCUUACUGUAGGUUCCUAUCACAGACUUGGGAGCCUGCAAGCAGCCACUCACAUUCUGAACAGUAUCCUGAAUAACUAUGACCACAAACUGCGCCCUGGCAUAGGUGAAAAGCCCACUGUGGUCACUGUUGAGCUCUCUGUCAACACCUUUGGUCCUGUCUCUGUCCUGGACAUGGAAUACACCAUUGACAUUACCUUCUGCCAGACUUGGUACGAUGAGCGCCUCCGUUACAAUGGCAGCUUUGAGAGUUUUGUUCUGAAUGGUGACAUGGUGAGCCAGCUAUGGAUCCCAGACACGUUUUUUAGGAAUUCUAAGAGGACUCAAGAGCAUGUGAUCACCAUGUCCAACAAGAUGGCUCGCAUCCACAAGGAUGGCAAGGUGUUGUACACAAUUAGGAUGACCAUUGAUGCUGGAUGUUUACUCCACAUGCUCAAAUUUCCAAUGGAUUCUCACUCUUGCCCUCUGUCUUUCUCUAGCUUUUUCUAUCCUGAGAGUGAGUUGAUCUACAAAUGGGAAGAUUUCAAGCUUAAAAUCAAUGAGAAGAAUUCUUGGAAGCUCUUUCAGUUUGAUUUUACAGGAGUGACUAACACUACUGAAACUAUCUCAACCCCUGCCGGUGAUUUCAUGGUCACGACGCUUUUCUUUAAUGUGAGCAGGCGGUUUGGCUUUGUAGCCUUUCAAAACUACGUCCCUUCUUCUGUGACCACAAUGCUUUCCUGGGUUUCCUUUUGGAUCAAGAAAGACUCUGCUCCAGCCAGAACCUCUUUAGGAAUAACCUCUGUACUCACCAUGACCACACUGGGCACCUUUUCCCGUAAGAAUUUCCCACGUGUCUCCUAUAUCACAGCCUUGGAUUUCUAUAUUGCCAUCUGCUUCGUCUUUUGCUUCUGUGCUCUGAUGGAGUUUGCUGUGCUCAACUUUCUGACCUACAACUGGACGAAACCCCGUGCUUCUCCAAAACUUCGCCAUCCACAUAUUCGUGCUCGUGCCCUUAGUCCUCCCCGUGCCCAUGGCCAGCAGCAUCCAGAAGCUUUUGUGUGCCGGGUCGAGGACUCGGAGGAGAGUGAUGGAGAGGAGGGCCCAUUUUGCCCAGCCCAGCAGUCUUUCAGACGACGUGCCAUCCAGAAAGCUGGUAAUGGUUGCUUCAAGUGGUGCAAGAAGUACCUGUGCGCGGUCCGCAGCUGUGAGGGCGGCGUCUGGCAGCACGGUCGCCUCUUCAUCCACGUCUACCGCCUGGAUAACUAUUCACGACUCGUUUUCCCAGUGACCUUCUUCUUCUUCAAUGCGCUCUACUGGCUCGUUUGCCUUAACUUGUAGGUGCCAGCUGGUACCGUGUGCACAGCCUCCCCAGUUCCCCAGGAGGUCCCACAGCCCCUUGCAAGGGAGCCAGAGGAAAGCAGCAGCAGCA